GGACUCUUAUGCAGCUCAAGCGCGAGAUCACUCAGCGCCAGCUUAAGACCAAUCCACGUCGCCGCAACAAGGACGCGUUCGUACGUGUACUUCUCUUGAACGACGAAGAGCAAGCGCAGAUUCAGACGCAGAACGCCCCUCAGAACCAGCAGCAGACGCUGGAGGACACAUCCAUGUUUGUCCCCACGUCCACCGCCGAUCUACAGACUAUGUACGUCAAUAACGGAGACCAACACCAGCAACAAGAUAUCUAUGGGACCAAUACUACACAUCAGCCACAACAGGAAGUCUAUGCAACCACAGCAGCCUGA